UGUUUUCAAUUGUUUUCUUCACUAAUCUUCACACAGACGAUGUGAAGGAAUGUCUUUCCGUCCAGAUGCGUUUGUCUGUGCGAAAGGUGGUGAAAUACUCCACCUUUCUUACCAUUAUAUUGCUUUUGAAUGUGUGGAUAAGUUAUAACGUAAAUAUCUGGACUUUCAACAACUUAAACGACCGUGGGAAAGUUGCAGAAAGUUUGGAUACAAGGCGCGACGUGGGCAAUGGCGGAGCAUGGCCUUCGCCCCCGAAUGGGGCUGAAGGAGCGGUGCCAGGACAAGAGUUUUUCGGAGUAGGAGGUUUGGGUGAGGUCUUUCGCAGACAAAGAAGUGCUAAAUCUGUUUCUGUCAGUUAUGAAGGAAAUAAUUGGAGGAAUGCUGUUGGUUAUAAACGAGGCACCGACCGAGAUGAAUCACUUGUUGCUUCUCAGCAGAAUAAAAACUUGAUGUUCCAGAAAAACGGAAGCUUACAAGUGUCCGUGAAUCGGCAAGCGAAACCGGGAGCAGUCUCGAACAAGUCUGGUGCUAGAGCAAGACUUCCAAAUCAACUGAGAGAAACAGAGCUCAGUGAUGUGUUUGUCAGCGUGAAAACAACUCUAAAGUAUCACAAGUCGAGAAUUCAGCUGAUCUUGAAAACAUGGUAUCUUCUGGCUCGAGAACAGAUAUAUUUCUUCACAGACACGGAGGAUAAAGAGAUGAAGGAAGCUUUACGAGAUCAUGUUGUCAAUACCAACUGCUCCACAGAUCACAGUCGGCAAGCUUUGAGCUGCAAGAUGGCUGUAGAGUUCGACUAUUACAUGGCUUCUCGGAAACGCUGGUUCUGCCACAUGGACGACGACAUCUACCUGAAUGUUCCUCGACUGCUGAAGUUGUUGCAGCAGUAUGACCACCGCAGCGACUGGUACCUGGGCAAGCCCAGUCUCAAGCACCCUUUGGAGAUAGAGGACCGCAAGCAUCCUGGGAUGAAGCUGGCCUUCUGGUUUGCAACAGGUGGCGCUGGCUUCUGCAUCAGUAGAUCUCUCGCACUGAAGAUGGCUCCUCAUGCCAGUGGAGGGAGGUUCAUGACAACUGCUGAAACGAUUCGGUUACCUGACGACUGUACUGUGGGAUACAUCAUCGAGCAUUUACUCCAGAAGCAGUUGACAGUGGUGCCCCAGUUUCACUCUCACCUGGAGGCCCUCAGACUCCUCAAGCCUUCCCAACUCUCUGAACAGAUUACUGUCAGCUUCUCAGAGUACCCUGGAAAGGCUAAUGUGGUGGAGGUGCCAGGAUUUUCCUCUGCUGAAGACCCUACCAGAUUUCGUUCCCUACACUGCUUUCUGUUCCCCACUUUUCGUGAGUGCCGCCAGUUGUCCUGACAUAUGCCUCAACAUAGUUGCUCCAAUGUACUUCAGCUUAACAGACAUUUACCAAUGGGUUUGUUUGGUGCUAUCUGCUGUCACUGCGUAUGAAAAUUGGACUGGAGUUCGGAAAAUGUUGUAAUGUUAUUUUCGAGAUUGUGGCAACCUUUAGUUGAUCCAAAAGUUGACAUUCUUCUACAAAGUUUCCUUACAUGUGAAAGAGAAGGUGUGUAUGUGUACAUAUGUUUUUUUGGAAGUUAACAGUGUUAAGACUUUUGUUUUGAUUGAUUGCUAGGAUCACUUGAAGUGUUUUUGAGUGAGUAUACUGUAGAACUAAUUUACAAGUAAAAUAGAAUUUUUCUUGUCCCAGAAACCUGCCAGUUGCAACUAGUAAACAUUGCACCUCUGAGUGUUGGUAGUCGGAUGAAGCUUCUUGAAUCACUGUCAUUCAGUGGAGUGUGGUAGCUCAGGCUGAUGACAUCUACCACUCAGUGAUUCUCUUAGUCACUCAUUUGAUUAUUCCUUUACCUUUGGACUGGUGCCGCAACGGGCUGUCCACCUAGUUGAGUUAUGGAUUUGAUAUAGCAUGGCUAUUGUUGGGGGUUCCUUCAGGUCUUUAUAGUUAUGUCAGUUUUACUUAGUGUCUGUGGAUGUUUUAGUUUGGCAAAGUGUCUGUAUGACUGUGUUGGUUUGGUUUUGUGUUGUGUGUUGUACCAGAGAAAGGUUGAAUACUAAAAAUUUACGUAAUUAUGUUUUUGUUUUAGUUUGAUGGGUGCUCAUUUCACUUUCAUGUUGUCAAUGAUGUGAGCAGUCUGUGAGGACGUUCCCUCUGUUGAAGGUUUGCUCUCCCAUGGGAGCAUGUUGUUGGUGAUUGGACAGAUACUGAGUCUUUGAUUGAUUAUAAAAGUUUUAUGCUCCCAAUGGCAAAACUUAGAUAAUUUAGGAGCUUUGCUCCUUUGACCCUGCCUGCCAGGGCCAACCUGGGCUGAGAGGGAUAUUGUGUCCCAACAAACAAACAGAGAUAUUUGAUAGAAUAACAAAUAACUGCACUGAGUGGAAAUCCAACUCAUUUAUGUCUUCUGCUUACAAUGGUGAAAAACCUUACCAUUACUUUAGCAAUAGCAAUACCCAGAUGUUUUUACUGGCCUAUGGUCAUGCUGCAUGGCAUGGGUAUCAACUCAUUUGUCUAGCCUGAUGAGAGCCUUUUUGAGUUUAGGGGGGAAAUGGGAUGAUGUGUGGAGAGGAUGGACUUCCAUUCUCAGGACAGACAGUUCCCAUCUUGUCUCAGGUUGUGAUGUAGCUUCUUUAUGACAGUUGUCACUGUGGAAGUUUUGAUGUUGUCAUGAUGAGACAAGUGCUUUCUGUUGGGGUAUGUGAAUGGUUGGCAGACACCAGCCUUUAAAAAGCUCUAUUGUCCUUAGUCCAGUGGUUUUGUCCAGCCGCUUUUGGGUGGAUUGUAGAGACUGGUUGUAUUGUUAAAUGUCAGGUUGUGAGAAUAAGGGAUUAACUGCUUGUAGAAUAUAAUUUGUCUAUAUGACAGAAAUUUUUUUUGUGACGCCAAUUUAUUGAUCUGUUGUUGGGAGAGGUAUUAUGCUAUCUUUCGACUAACUCAUCAAUUACCUGCUUUCUAAAUUGUCUAAACUGUGUUUAUGGGGGGUAUGAGUCUUUUGAUAUGUAUGUUGGUGUACCAGCUGAAUGUAUUCAGAGAAAACAUGAUGAAAGAAACAAGUGAUCUAUUUCACAUUGAUUGUGAGAGGCUUGUGAGCAGUGUAACUCAUGUGACUAAUGUUGCCUCAUCUUAUGAAUGAGCAAACGUUGACUGAUUAGUGAGGGGGGGGUUGAUAAAAUAGAAAAACUGAGACAGAGAAAUAUAAGUUACAUUUUUGCUUUGUUUGAUGCAGCGACCAAUUAUUGUUGACAUUCACACAUGUCCAUUCCUGUGGAGGUCAAGCGUGUACAUCCACAUCUUUUUGCUUGCCAUGCUUUGUUUAUUUUGUUGACAUUAGAUUAACACCAUUUGUUGUUCAAAUACUUUUAGAUUCCUUGUUAUUGGGGUCAUUUUCCUAUCCUCUCUUACUUUUUUUUACACUCAGUUGUGCCUUUUCUUGUGAAAUUCCGUCUCCCAGAUGAUACCUUGGUACAUAUCUUCAUUGCUGCAUGAAAAAUUUGUAGGCAUAACUCCUUUUGCUCUUGCUUUACAGCGUGAACAUAAAUUGGUGGAGUUACUCUUUCAGCAGUGAUAAUAUUCUUGGUUCUUGUUGACCAUUCAAUAAAAGGUACCAAAACAAGUGGAUAAUAUUACCAGAAAGGCAGGAAACUUGGAAAAAUGGAAAGGCUUAUCUCUUUUAAAGUUCAGUUUCCUCUAAUUGUUGGAAAUACAAAACUUUGUUUAGCUCUUGUAAUGUUGAUGCCUUACCCACUUCAUGCAUUUGAUGUAAAUCAAAUAUUUGCCUUGUGUUCCAGUUGCCAUUUUUGUAAGCUUUCAAGUUUUUGUUUCUUUCACUUAUCCUGACUUGUGUCCCAUCAACCCAUCCUCGUCCACCAACACAUCCUCAUGUUCCUUUAGCUUUUGACUACAUCCCUGUAACUUCUUCGUACUUCCUCACGGGUAAGUGUCCCCAAUCUCUCCUCAUGUCCCCCCAUCCACAGCCUCUCCCCUCAUCUUUAUGUCCUCACUUAAUAACAUGGCUUUGCCCUACAUCAAUGAUAUGUCUCCCAAUUUCCUCCUUAACAUCUUAAAAGAAAGAAACCACCCUUACAGUAAAUAUCCAUCCCCUUGUCACUUACCCCCUGGACCUGUAACACCAUAUUAUGCCCUCUUAAGAUCUCCCUAAAUUCUUCUAAGAUAUUCCUCAUUCCCUCCUUAAUAUCUCCUUAUAUCCCUGUAACAUUGCUACUUGUCCCAAAACUAUCUGUCCUUGUCCUCGUUUUGUCAACUUGCAAUCACAUUUAUGAAAGGUCUAGUUGUGAGCCCCUUUGUUAGAGGUCGAGUUGUGAACUCUUUUGUUUGAGGUCAAGUUGUGAACCUCUUUGAGGUCAAGUUGUGAACACCUUUGUCAGAGGUCAAGUUGUGAACACCUUUGUCAGAGGUCAAGUUGUGAACCCUUUUAUUUGAGGUCAAGUUGUGAACUCUUUUGUCAGAGGUCAAGUUGUGAACUCUUUUGUCAGAGGUCAAGUUGUGAACUCCUUGGAAAUGGAGAUAUGCACUGUUUUAUCAGAUUUCAAGUUGUGAACCAUAAUUUAGAGGUUAAAUUGUCUGUAAAAGUAAAAGGGUUCAUGAUCAUCCCGCAAGAUGAGGUGUGGCAGGUCUUCCUGUUUUAUCUUCUUUGACCCAUUUUGCCCUGAUUCCCUGCCUUUUUGUGCCCUGAGGAUGUUCAUACUUUACAUACUCUAAUGCCUGUGGGAUCAAGCAAACAUCUACAUAACAUUGUGUCAUUUUUGCCAAUACUUUUAAUUUACAUUUGUCUGUCCUUUUUGUUUUUCAGAUAUUUUUACUUGUUUAUUGAAUAUGUUUUCAUGGUUUAUUUCAAGAUGUUUAUCUUGUUGGUUUUUUUUGCAAAUGUGUGGGUUUAUGAUGACCAAGCCGUCCCAUCAGUCUUUCAACCCAAGCAGUGAGAGGAACAACAGAAUGUACAUGAUGUAUUUAGAUAACCUGAACACUAUUACGUUGUCUAAAACAUUCUGUUCUCUUUUUCUUUAGAUUUUCAGAAGAGAUUUAAUAUAUAGGAGUUCCAAGCAUUUCAGCAUUUUUAGAUUUUCUCUGUGAAUGAUGUGUUACAAUUUGCUCUUACAAAGGAGGUGUAGUCAACAUGUUACAUCAAAGAGAUGAAUAAGUUGACAUGGAGCUAUGAGCUGUUUGUGAGAUACAACAUAAUUGUGCAUUGUGAAGAAGUGAAAAUUUACUUGGUUUGUUCAGUUUUUUCCCUUGUGCUUUUGUUUUGUAAAUUUAUAUAUAAAGAAGACCUUUUUGUUUUUGACUUUUUUUCUAAGAUUUGUCAAGAUAAAUAAAUGAAGAGCUUAUGAUCCUCAUUCCCGAGAGGGGCUGCUUUUUGUUAAUGAAAGUAGAAUGUAAAUAUUGUACAUCUGGAUGUCUUUGGUACGUUUUGAAGCCGCUAUCUACUAUAGCCUGCAUUACAUGAUCAUUUUUUUCCCCUAUUUGUGCCGUUGAUGUCUGUACUACACCUUAAUGUAAUCUGAAGGAAAGAAGCUACUAUUUUUUCCUCACAUACUAAUUAUUUGAUUG